AUGUCCGCGGAUAGUCGGGUCCGUGAUGCAGCUGUACCGGUCUUGUUUCAUCCCUACCUACACAAGAGAGACAUAUUUGUUUCGCAUGAUGAUCCCUCGGUUAUAACUGGCAUUAUUGAUUGGCAGUCAUGCAGCAUAGAACCGGCGUUCUGGUAUGCAGAUGAGGUUCCGGACUUCGCAACGGGGGUAGCUUCCUCCGUAAGUGCUGAAGGGGCAGAUGACAGCGAGCUAUGCAUGAAAACCUACGAAGUCUGUACCCAGUUUCUCACACCAAAGCUCGCACUCCCUAAGUCCAUGGAUGAAGGCAUGUUUCGACCCUUUCAGUACUGCUACAGAACGUGGAAAGAUGGCGCCGUUGCUUUUCAGCAUGAGCUCAUUGAAACAUCUCAAGACUGGGAAGCGCUCGGAUUGCCCGGUUCGUGUCCAUUCAUCUUACCGACACCAGAAGAUAUGUCUCUACACCGAAAGGAGUACAAGUGUUUCGAGGCAGCCCAGAAUCUGAAGCGUGAUUUGUCAAGCUCUCUUGAUACCGCAUCUGACGGAUGGGUUCCUCUAUGCGACUGGGAAGCGGCAAAAUCAGGAAACAAAGCAAUGUUCAAUGGAAUGUUGGAAGCCGUACUGACAAAUAACGAUCCGGACGAAGAUGAGCCUAUUAAGGAUGAAAGAGACCUGCGAGAUAUUUGA